AUGGCUUCCCACGAUAUGCCAAAGACCUGCAAGGUCAUCUUGGCAGAAACCAUUGCCAAAAAGUUCCUGCAGGAGGUUCAAGACACCCUGAAGACGGUCCAGCCUGGUGCUGCCUCGCAGCCAACUCUGGUUGCUUUCCUGGCCAACGAUGACCCUGCUGCUAUCAAGUACGCUGAAUGGUCAAAGAAGACUUGUGAGGAAAAUGGUUUCAACUUUGAGCUCCGCCAGGUCGACAAGGACAAGCUCGAGGAGGAGAUCAUGACUGCCAACGAGGAUGACAAGGUUGACGGUAUUCUUGUCUACUAUCCCAUCUUUCCUGGCAACCCGGCGCACGACAGGUACAUUCAGGAGACUGUGUCCCUGGCCAAGGACGUUGAGGGUCUUUGCCACAAGCACAUUUACAACAUGUAUCACAACAUCCGCUUCCUGGAUCCUCCUCAGAACAUGAAGAAGUCCAUCCUGCCGUGCACUCCAUUGGCUGUCGUCAAGAUCCUGGAGCAUCUCCAAAUCUACAACCCCAUCCUGGCAUAUGGCAACCGACUUUUCGGCAAGACCAUUACCGUGAUCAACCGAUCAGAGGUCAACGGCCGUCCUCUUGCCGCUCUCCUUGCCAACGACGGAGCUACAGUCUACUCUGUCGACUUGACUGGCGUCCAAGUUUUUACUCGCGGCCAGGGCAUCAAGGCCCCGAGGCACCAGGUCCAGGACAAGGAGGGCUGGGGUCUGGAGCAGUGUAUCCCCAUCAGCGAUGUCAUCAUUGGAGGUGUUCCUACCGAGAAGUACAAGGUCCCAACGGAGCUCAUUCGGGACGGAGCCGUCUGCAUCAACUUCUCGUCCUUCAAGAACUUUGACGGUCCGGCAAUCAAGGAGAAGGCAUCGAUCUAUGUGCCGUCCGUGGGCAAGGUCACUAUCGCAGUGCUGCUUAGAAACCUAGUUAGACUCAUCGCCAACCGUCCCUCAACAAAACCCGACGGUUCUGCCGACGAAUCUUUGGCAAAAGCCAAGAGCGAGGCUUUUGUUGACGGCUAA